CCGCCCCCGCCGGCAGCCUCGGCGCAGCGGGGAGGGGGCCCGGCGCGGCGGCCGCCCCUCGGCUCGGCCCGGGCGGCGUGCCUGCCCAGCUGCCCGCGGCGCUCACCAGCAGCAUGCUCUAUUUCCAGAUGGUGAUCAUGGCAGGGACGGUGAUGCUGGCGUACUACUUCGAGUACACCGACACGUUCACCGUGAACGUGCAGGGCUUCUUCUGCCACGACAGCGCCUACCGCAAGCCCUACCCGGGCCCGGAAGACCGCAGCGCCGUGCCCCCCGUGCUGCUCUACUCGCUGGCCGCCGGCGUCCCCGUGCUGGUGAUAAUUGUUGGAGAAACGGCUGUGUUUUGUCUACAACUAGCUACAAGAGAUUAUGAAAACCAGGAAAAAACUAUUUUAACCGGAGACUGUUGCUAUAUAAAUCCACUGGUACGCCGAACUGUCCGAUUCCUUGGAAUUUAUACAUUUGGACUGUUUGCUACCGAUAUAUUUGUAAACGCUGGACAAGUUGUUACAGGAAAUCUGGCUCCACAUUUUCUUGCCCUGUGUAAGCCCAACUAUACAGCUCUUGGAUGUCAGCAGUAUACACAGUUCAUCAGCGGGGAAGAAGCCUGCACAGGCAAUCCAGAUCUCAUCAUGAGAGCAAGGAAAACCUUUCCAUCCAAAGAGGCAGCUCUCAGUGUCUACGCAGCUAUGUACCUGACGAUGUAUAUUACCAACACAAUCAAAGCCAAAGGAACCAGACUUGCUAAGCCAGUCCUUUGUUUGGGAUUAAUGUGUUUGGCCUUUCUAACUGGACUCAACAGAGUAGCAGAAUAUCGAAAUCAUUGGUCGGAUGUGAUAGCAGGCUUUCUGGUUGGAAUAUCCAUAGCAGUAUUUCUGGUUGUGUGUGUGGUAAAUAAUUUUAAAGGAAGACAAUCAGAAACUGAGCAUUUCCACAUGGAUAAUAUGGCACAGAUGCCAAUGAUCAGCAUUCCUCGAGUAGAAAGUCCUUUGGAAAAGAACCACAUCACCGCCUUUGCAGAAGUCACAUGAUAUCGAAGCAGAUGGUUUUUCCCUGCACUGGACAUCAUCUCUUUUUACCAUCCAUUCAUAACACCCAAAGUUUAUUUGAUUACAAGAGAAGUUUAUAAAGUUGUCUGAUAAUUUUUAUAAUUUUAAUAUCUAUGUUGAUCUCUCUGCUUUCCCCACUAGACUGUGAGCUCCUCCAGGGCAGGAAUGAGUCUUUCUUCACUUGUAUCCCCAGCACCUGCAACAGAACAUAGCACAACGUAGGUGCUCAAUAAAAAUGUGAUUACUGAAUGAACAAAUUAAUUUCUAAUAAAAAUUUCACCUUAGUUCCUCACAGAAUCAUAUCUGUUAAAUAAAAGCUAUCUCUAUAUGAACCAUAUUUGCGAAAAGAAUAAAAAACCCUUCUAUUUGGGGCCAGUUAAACAGAAUCUUUCAUAGAUUAUUCAGGAGUAUAUACUAUUUCAUUUGAAGUGGACUUUCAAAGUCAUGGGGACUUUUAGUUUGUUAUUCAGCAUGACCUCAUUUCCUUUCUAACAGAUUUCAGUGUGUGAAUUUUCUUUACUUUUAGGAAGUAUGUUCUAUGCUAAAAUGAUGUUUGCACAUUAUACUAUCCUAUAUUUCACUUAAAAUACCAUUCACACUAUACAUUCUAAGACUGGUGCUUCUGCUUUUGAAGGGGAAAAUGCCAAUUUUUACUGUAAUAAGUAAUGUAUCAUAAUUAAAAUUAUUU